UGCAGUUUGUUAUGUCUAGGCGAUCACAAACGACGGGGGAAUCUCAGCUGCGUUCGAAAAAGUUGCGCGGUUGCGUGUGCGUUUGGCAGGAAACUCCCCCACCCCUGCGCGUCCGGCUACUUGUUUAGACAGUGGCAACCGUGCGAUUGGUUAACUGUUGAACCUGAGAGCACUUCUCCUUUUUUAAACCCCCCUCUCGGGUCUCACUUCCCUUCUGUUUGUUUUAUGCACGUACCAGCGUGUGCAGGGUUUUUUUUUCUCUCUCUCUCUUUUUUUUCCUCUUACGACAGAGCCGCGAUCUCCACUCCCCCCACAUGUAAAUUACGUGUGACAUGUUUAACUGCUGUUUCCUAAUAUGGCUCGUGCUAGAUUUCAGAGCAGUAGGACCCAGUCAGGCACCAUGGGACUGCACAGGGGCGUGUGUUCGAGAGCGUAACUGUCUGCGAGAGGGAAAAGAGAGGGGAGAGAGAUAUUGACGCAGGUUUUCACUUCUGUCUGAGUGCGUCACUCUUCCAUGCAGUCAUGUGGGUACUGAGUAUCGUGCCCUCUCUUGCGUCUGCCGCUGCUUGGACUUGCUUAUAGUACCAGCCUCAGCUUUCCUGCCUGCUUGCUGCCCACAUCAGUGAAAGAACUGCCCGUACAACCCCACAAUCUCUGUGACCCCGAACGACCCCUAUACAAACAGACAAAGCUGAAGUGGGCACUAUCGAAUCAGCCAAUCAGAUUCAAGGAUUUUUUUGCUUUGGGAUCCAUUACUGCAGUUCUUUUUCCUAGCAGCAACAUUUUUUGUCCAUUUUGCUUUGGCCUGGUGUGCAUCCACAAGGAAAGAGAAGCUUAAUGAUCUAAGAAGGAGAGGAACAUUCUUAAAAGGACAAACACAAGCACACCCAAAGCACUUUGGGAUUUUAAGGAAUUGAAGUUUGCUUGCCGCUAAAGCGUGUUGAGAUGGCGAUGAAUAUGGCUCACAUGCGGGACACGAAAUGGCUGACACUGGAGGUGUGUCGAGAGUUCCAGCGGGGAACGUGCGCUCGCUCCGAUGCUGAGUGCAAGUUCGCGCAUCCUGCCAAGAGCUGCCAGGUGGAGAACGGGAGAGUCAUCGCGUGCUUUGACUCACUGAAGGGUCGUUGUUCCAGAGAGAACUGCAAGUACCUGCACCCUCCUCCUCACCUGAAGACGCAGCUGGAGAUUAAUGGCCGUAACAAUCUGAUCCAGCAGAAGAACAUGGCAAUGCUCGCCCAGCAGAUGCAGCUAGCCAAUGCCAUCAUGCCUGGAAGUCAGCUUCAGCCAAUGUGCCUUUCCCAAGCUCAAGGACGCUUCAUAAUGACACCUAUGUUUUCGGUCACGCCAAGCCUUGCAACCAACGCCAAUGCAGCUGCUGCAGCAGCCGCCGCGGCUGCGUUUAAUCCGUACCUGGGCCCAGUGUCACCUGGGCUGAUGCCCGCAGAGAUCCUGCCCAGCGCACCUGUGCUGAUGGCGGGCAGCCCUGCGAUGGCAUCCAUGCCGUCCGCUGCCAACGCCGCAGCUGCUGCUGCUUCAGCAGCGGCCGCCCAGAAACUCCUCAGAACAGACCGACUGGAGGUGUGUCGUGAAUACCAGCGUGGCAACUGCUCUCGUGGAGAGACGGACUGCAGGUUUGCCCACCCUGCCGACAGCACAAUGAUCGACCCCAGUGAUAACACCGUGACGGUGUGUAUGGAUUUCAUAAAGGGCCGCUGCUCCAGAGACAAGUGCAAAUACUUCCACCCUCCUGCACACCUGCAGGCCAAGAUCAAAGCGGCCCAGCACCAGGUCAAUCAGGCCACGGCCGCCGCUACCAUGACUCAGUCGGCUGUCAAAUCACUGAAGCGACCCCUCGAAGCCACCUUUGACCUGGGAAUUCCUCACAGUGUCAUGCCACCUUUACCAAAGCGACCUGCUCUUGAGAAAGCCAACGGUGCCACGAACAUGUUCAGUACUGGCAUGCUCCAGUACCAGCAGGCUCUGGCCAACAUGCAUUUUCAGCAGCAAGCUGCCUUUAUUCCGUCAGGCUCAAUAUUGUGCAUGACCCCUGCAGCGAGCAUGGUUCCCAUGAUGCACGGCGCUUCCCCAGCCGCAGCAACCACAGCUGCCUCAAGUGUUCCCUUCGCAUCUGCAUCAGCCAAUCAGGACUCUUCUCUAUCAAAGCUGACUACCAACGAAUACAUGCAAUUGAUUCCAAUAAUAUCUGCAGAGCAUCUGACUAGUCACAAGUACUUGACGCAGAUGUAGUUCCAGUCCACAACAAUCACAGGAAUGCGCUGUUGCCCCGGACAAAAGGCAAACAAACAAAUUUCAAAAUUUUAACGUCAAGAUCACCUCCGGAUAGAAUAUAUGAUAAAGAUUAGAAUUUGGUCAUCCAUGAUGGUAGGGUUUUACUGGGGUGAAACUGAAUGUCCUUCCACAUGAUGUGUAGAAUUUGAGUGAACUACAUCAUUAUGUCAGACAGGAUGGCAUUUUUACUCUCAAGCUGGAUUAGUAGAAAAAUUAAUUUUCAUGUCUGACUUAACACCGUUUUGGCAUGUUAGUAGACCAAGAGAUAUUUUUUUGUGAUUCACACCUUGAUUUUCGUUCCUCGAAAUUUUUCUGAAGGUUUACAAAAGUUACAAAAGGUGCACCUUGAAUUGAAAAGCGAACCGAAAGCCGAUACGGCACAAAACAUCCAGCAAAAUAAUUCAAUGUAUGUAGUUUUCUCUAUCUUUAGUUCUGGCUUCUAGUCAAACUAGAUUGUAAGCGCAGAGUCGAGAUUGACCGAUGAAUGUUUUGGGUAGAAACUGAUCACCUGAGACCUUUCAGAAGCACAUUCUUGCAAGCUUUAUGUACCAUAACCACCGGCUGAAUACCAGACACCGAUCUAGAGUGUUAUAUCAACAGUGUUAUUACGUUUACCAGAGAUUAAUGUUUUUUACAGCGCUUGUUUUUAUACAUAAUUUCACAAGUGUGUGGCUUUUUUAUGAAACGUGCCAUUUUUAUUUGUCGAUCAUCCCAUUAGGCCUUGUAGAACUAUGAAGCCUUUUUGACUCCUAUGAGAACAGGGUUGCCUUGUUCCUAAUGCCCUGUUUCUUUAUUGCCUUGAUCGAGAGAAUGUUGCGUUAGAGCGGAGAGGGUAAUCGAGAGUCACGUGUGUCGUUAGGAGAACGUCAUGGUAGCGUCGAUUCAGCAGUCGCGCGCGGAAACGAGCGAUUGCGUUCCAGUCUUCACCGUAACGGUGUGAGGACUCUAAAAUUAUGCUGGAAAAGCACUGCUUGAAUAUUUCGUGACAGAUUGUGAGUUCGAGACUCGGUACACAGAAAGAUGAGGUUAGUGUUGGGUCAGGGGUUGUCUUCAGUUCUCAUCUGUGUUGAUUUUGAGUUGUUUUCGAAUAUUUCAUGACCCGCUGGAUGAUGUAAAAGAGGAACGGAGAAUAUAAUGAGACGUUUUUAACAUUAAGUUGUGCCAAAGUCUUUUUAUUAUUAUUUUUAUUAUUUAAAUGUGUUUUGACUGGGUAUACUGAUCACGGAAGGUGAAUAAUUUGUACAAGGCUGCUUGUAAAUCAGGAAACAGACGCAAGGGUUUUAGUGUCACACAACCAGACUUGAGAUGAAACGAAUGAAUCCGAGUUUCUCGGCUCAAGUUCACUUGAGUCUGGAUUUCAGCCUGGUUUAGGUGCACAGACUUGAAAGGAUGCACGCCAUUGCCGUUUCCUCACUAAAGCCUUAUAUAUCAGUGUUUGAACCCACACAAACAUUCUUUCAAUCACAAAUGGUAAAUUACAGCGGAUGAGAUUUUAUUCUUUACACUUAUUUUAUGUGUAUUUUAAUCAUGUUUCUCUUAACGUUCACUCUGUUUCAAAGCCUUUGUUAGAAAUAUGUGUUGUUUGCAUAUAAAGAUUUUUUUUUUUUUGUAUUUGACUAUAUUGUCAUAGAACUGUUUUAGAAUGUAGGAAAUGAAUUAUUGUUUUUCUUACUGUCACUUUCUUUUACAUCAUGUUAAGUUCAUAAUGUUUAUCUAGUAGUGUUGUAUUCUUAAUUCUUCAUGUUAGUUUUCAUGAUAGAAUGUUUGAAUUUCAAGGAUUUUGGUUUUGAAUUUGUUGAACAAAAUGUUUUAUCUUGUCUUAAAAAAAGAGUGGAAACGACAGAAAGAGAGUUUAUUUGUAGCUAUGGUAAGGUUGAUAUUUUAACCCUUUAUUUUGUGUCGAAUCAAGACCACAUCUACAAUUAGCUGGUUAAAGUAUCAAUUGUACAUGCUAGAGAAAAAGAAGUUAUUUUCUACUGUAUGCAUUUCAGAAUUGAAAAUAGUCUUGUAAUAUUUCAACAACAACAAAAAAAUCCCUCAAUGUCAGGCCAAAAUGAGCAGCAACUUGUCUCCCGAGAUUUCUGAAUAUUUAAAGAUGUAAAACAAAGGAGGGAGGUCACAGGGUCGGGCCUCGAGCUGCGAACGAGAGAGAGCCAUAACUUAAGGGACGAAGGUUGACUUUUUGCACUUCUGUACAUAGUCAAUAUAAAGAAAAGAAAAGGAACAUGUAUAAUAUUGAGAUCUUAUUUUGAAUAAUAAAAGAUUCUAUAACUAUGAGAAAUUUUCUUAGGAUAAUUUAACAAUUAGAGUAAUAGUCCAGCUAACAAAUGAUGCUUGCAGAAAUAUGGCACAGCUCUUUUAUUAUCAUUUCCGGCCAUCACGUAAAAAAAAAAAAAACAACAACAUAAAGCUCCGCAUUGCCUGCAUACAGUACCGACACAUACCGAGAGUCUCAAAAAUUGGCAGUACACUCCGCCUCGUCAUAAUUUCCACUGUGGGGAAUUCAGUUUUGUUUACAAAUAGAUACUACACCUUCAAAAACACAGUAUUUGUCAUAUGAUGGACAUAAAUAACUGCAUGAAGAAUAAAAAUUAACAGAGUCAAAUUCUCAUAAUAGAUAAGUACGUAGAUAAGUUCAUUUCUCACAGUACCGUAACUAUCAUUGUUACAGCAUAGUGUAAAUCAAGUAUCUCGAUCGAUAUCUGAGCCUGAAUUGAGGCACAUUCAUCGAUAAUCCAUCUGAGUAUAACCUUAAGAACAGUACAAUUAUUAAAAAGGCCUUCAAACCGACUCUAGAUGCUAGCAAAAGAUGUCCACUUAACACACGACAACAGAAGAGUUGCUUUGUUGCUUGGUAAUGUGCCUUCAGCAGGGAAAGGACACCAACCACACACACACAACAAAAAAAACAAAAACAGAAUGAAUGUAACUGUCAAAUCCUCCGCUGAGGUCAGCGUUUUACUCAUUUGAGAUUGCUGCACAAGAGCUAUUAAACCAAAGCGUCACUUUCUUUCACUAAACGCAAUGCCUAAAAGCUGGUCGGCCGUUGCAGACGGCGAAACCACAGGUGGUCCUGCCUGCUGAAAGCACUUGCUUGGAUGCUUAACGCCCUCCAUGGAAUCUUACACCUGCCCUAUGCUUAUAGUUGCUGUAAGAUAUUGUGCUGCAUUCUAAAAGACUUGUUUUAUGCACAUUUAUUAUUGUUAGAAUUGACUCUUACUGUUAUGAGUAAAAAAAACUUAAUAAAACAAAAUGGAUUUGCUCAAAA